AUGGAACCUGAGAAAACAGAAACUGAAAAGAAGCAAAUGAAAAUUGUGGAACCUGAUAAUAUGGAGAUGUUUCCUCUGCAAGCCCUCUCUAAGCUGCUUUAUCCUGAGGAAGAAGAUGAUUUUGACUCUGAACAGUCAAAUUCUUCAUCUGCUCUUGGAGCCAUGGGACCAGGAAAUAUUGGACCACCAAAAAAAGAAGAGGUCAAAAUCAUCCCUCAAGCCAGUGAUGAAAAUAGCAAGGACAUCUGGAAUCCAGAAGAGGUUCCAGAAGGAGCAGAGCAUGAUGACAUGUGGGACAUUAGAGAAAUCCCAGAAUAUGAGAUUGUAUUCCAACAGCAGGUGGGAACUGAAGAUGUAUUCCUGGGAUUGACAAGAAAAGAUACUUCAACAGCAUGUUGUAAGGAUUUAGUGGUUAAAAUUAAACUACCAAAUACAAACCCUUCUGAAAUUAAACUCGAUAUCCAGGAAACGGUCCUUGAUCUACGUACUCCUAAUAAGAAAUUGUUAUUAAACCUUCCCCAUCCAGUGGAGUGCGACAGUGCCAGAGCAUCCUAUAUCCAGGAAACUGAGACUCUUGAAGUUACAAUAACUAUGAAAAGAGAGUUGGAUUUUCUUAAUUUCUUCUGA